AAAGCAUUCAUAAUGGAUCUCUUGAGAAAAUCGAAUUUUAUCGUGCUCGAAUCCCGGGACUUUUAUCGAGCUCGAAGAUGCUGCUUCAGCAACCGGUCUGCAAAUGACUUGAAAAUAUAUAAAGCUAAGUUACCCCAGAUGAAUCCUUUUUAUUUAUUACCAACUAAUAUCGAAAAAUGUAUUCGAUUAAAAGCCACUCCUCCUGCAUGCUGAGUAUUGCAGCGUUUCUUUUAUCCGUGUCAAAAUGUUACACUGCACCUGCAACCACUUCUGCAAAUAACAAUUCCUGCAUUUCAAGUACAAAUGACUUUGAUUUACAUUGUUCAUAUCUGAAAAGCUUCGAUGCGCUAAAUUCUGUUCUUUCAAAUUUGCAAGAGAAUGUUGUAUUAAUGCAAAUAAGUAAUUUAAAUUGGACUCAUAUACCUCUAAAUGUGUUUCGAAAUGUGAGCUUGAACACGCUGAUUAUUUCAAACAGUACGUUUGAAUCAUUUCAGAAUUCUUCAACCGAUCUUGGACUUCACCAUUUAUCUUUGGAAAAUGUGUCAUUCCAAACAAAACCGGUUUGGGAAGAUUUUGAGCAUUUAAGGAAUUUGCAAACAUUGUCCAUGUAUAAUGUGACGCUCAACAGCACCAUCGACUCCAGUUUUUGCCAUUCGAUUUCUAAAUCGAUAAAAUCCGUGACAAUAGCUGCUGGUAAUGUAAGUGAUAUCAGACCAGACAGCUUCAGAGUGCUCACGAGUUUAACUUAUCUGCGAAUUUCUCAUAAUAAAUUGAGAACUUUCCCAAAACUGGUGCUAAAGAACCCCUCUAGUUUGGAACAUUUAAGACUUGAUUACAACAGAAUCUAUUCUCUUCCAUCGGGUGUGUUUGACAAUCUCUCAAAUUUAAAAGUUCUGAGUCUCAGUAAUAACUCAAUCUCAACUCUUGCAGAAGAAGUAUUUUCACCCGUUUGGAGACCAGAUGUUCAUGUUGAAUUAAGAGAUAACCCCAUUAAAUGUGAUUGCAAGCUGCAAUGGGCAGUGACAUCUUCGAGAAAACCUUUGGAUAUAGUUGGACAAUGCGCUCACCCUAAAGCCCUCUACGGAAAACAAAUCAAAGAUCUAAAAGCCGAAGAUUUAUCUUGUUGAUUCCAGCUGCUGUUUCGAUGAAAUAUCGUUUUUAAUCUAAUUUCAUAUUUCUUCCAAAGUUAAAAUUCUAAUAUCUACUCUUACUCACUAUUUUCUUAUUGUAAAUACCGACGAUAUAGUUCUUAUCCAAUGCAAUUAAAUUUUAUGAGAAAAAAAAAUAAAAUUGAAAUAUUCCCUUCUCG